AUGGGGUUUUUUGUAGUGGUUAAAGUUAUUGUCGGAUUGUUAAUGGUAGGUUUUAUGUCAUUGUUUUAUUUACAAAAGUCGUCUGUCAAAACGAUAGAAUUGCCGAAUACUUGGUGGGGUCCAGGAACAGAAAAUUUACAAGCUGACAAAACUGUCAGACAGUUUGAAAUUUUAUUUACUGAAGCGCAAGUGAAUGACCUGAAAAGCAGAUUGAAAAACACGAGAGACUUGGCUCCACCUUUGGAAGGUACAGGAUGGACUUACGGAACAAGUGGGACUUUUUUGAAAAAAAAUAUUGUUGAUUACUGGCUGAACAAGUAUGACUUCAAAAAGCGACUCGCGUAUUUGAACAAGUACGACCAAUUUAAAACAAACAUUCAAGGUUUGGAUAUUCAUUUCAUUCACGUGAAACCUAAAAAUACCCAAGGAAAAAAAGUGGUACCUUUGUUAAUUCUCCACGGCUGGCCAGGAUCAGUCAGAGAAUUUUACGAAUUAAUUCCCAUGCUGACUUCUCCACAAGCAGACCAUGAUUUUGUUUUCGAAGUUAUUGUGCCUUCGUUACCAGGUUUUGGUUUCUCCAGCCCUGCAGUGCGACCUGGGUUGGGUGCCAAAGAAAUGGCUGUUGUUAUGAUGAAUCUGAUGCGCAGACUGGGCUUCGAUAAAUUCUAUACCCAAGGCGGCGACUGGGGAUCUAUCAUUGUCGGACAAAUGGCGACGUUAUUCCCUCAACACGUCUUAGGAAUUCAUUCAAAUUUUUGUGGCGUAUUAGGCUUCAAAACAACUUUAAAAACAUUCUUAUACAGUUUUUUCCCUUCAUUACUACUGCCUAAAGAAGAUCAUCAUCUUCUUUAUCCAAUGAAGAAACAUUUCUUCAACAAACUUCUUGAGACUGGCUACUUGCAUAUACAAGCAACCAAACCUGAUACUGUUGGAAUCGGUCCAAGUGACUCUCCCGCAUCUCUAGCCGGUUACGUGCUAGAAAAAUUUUCUUCAGCAACAAAUCCCGAUUACAAAACCAGAGAUGAUGGGGGAAUUUACGAAAAAUUCACUGCAGACGCUUUGAUUGACAAUUUAAUGAUGUACUGGAUACCAAAUAGCAUGACUACGGCCAUGAGAAUUUACGCAGAAUCAUUUAAUUUGCAAUCUAGCUUGAACGAGAUCUGGCCUAUUAUAAUCCCGAGUGCCUGCGCGCAAUUUCCCAAAGAGUUGAUCUUCUUUCCUGAAGAAUUUCUCCGAGAUAAAUUCUACAAUCUAAUCCAAGUGACAAGGAUGCCUCGAGGAGGACACUUUGCUGCUCUAGAGGAGCCCAAACUCCUGUCAGACGACGUCUGGAAAUUCGUAGCAGCCGUUGAUAAUUCUUCAAAGAAUUGCUGUUUGAAAAAUGAAAUAGAAAUUCCGAGAAUGCCGGAGCCAAACUGGGGACCAGUUGACGGUACCAAGGAUUCAUCAGUGCGACCAUUUAAAAUCUCAGUUCCCAAGGACGUAAUCAACGAUCUUAAAGAACGAUUGUUACGGACACGUGAGCCGGUACCGCCACUUGAGAACGUCGGAUGGACUUACGGACUCUCAAGCAAAUACUUUAAAAAAAUAAUCGAUUAUUGGAUUAAUAAAUAUGAUUGGUACAAGCGUCAAGAUUUGCUUAAUAAAUAUCCACAAUUUAUCACAAACAUUCAAGGACUUGAUAUACAUUUUUAUCAUGUCAAGCCGAGCAAAUCGCUAAGUACUGAUGGCAAACCACUGAAAGUACUUCCACUUCUGCUGGUCCACGGCUGGCCAGGUUCAGUCGUUGAGUUCCAAAAAAUAAUUCCGAUGUUAACGACACCGAGGCCGGGAAAAGACUUUGUUUUUGAAGUUAUUGCGCCUUCCUUGCCUGGGUAUGGCUUUUCUCAAGGAGCUGUCAGACCUCAUAUGGGUCAUGCUCAGAUGGCUGUUGUUAUGAAGAAUCUGAUGACGAGAUUAGGCUUUGAUAAAUUUUAUACCCAAGGCGGCGAUUGGGGGAGCGCUAUUACGACAGAUAUCAGUACUUUGUUUUCUGAAAGAGUUACUGGUGCCCAUUUAAAUAUGUGUGGAGUACGAAAUUCAAAAUCGUUCUUCUGGCUGUUAGUAGGCUCAUAUUUCCCGUCACUGGUCAUUGAAUCCGAGCACUAUUCCAAAGUAUAUCCGUUGACCGAAAAAUGGUCGAGAUUACUUGAAGAGUCUGGUUAUUUCCAUCUUCAAGCUACGAAACCUGAUACUAUCGGCACAGCACUGAUGCAAGCACCCGCAUCUCUUGCAACUUAUAUCCUGGAAAAAUUCAGCACGUGGACCAAUCCUGAGUACAGGUUCCGCGACGACGGCGGUUUGUUGGAAAAGUUUUCCAUGGAUGAAUUGCUUGACAAUAUAAUGGUUUAUUGGAUCACUGAUUCGAUAACAACCAGCGUGAGACUCUACGCCGAAAGUUUCAGUUCUGAAAAUAACAACAAAUAUGAUUCAUUGACGACAAAUGUACCAGUAGCGUGUGCAAAUUUCCCCCACGAAAUAGCGUACACACCAAAAUCAUUAAUUGAAAUGCGAUUUAAAAAUCUAAUUCAAUUCAAUCAUCUCCCUCGUGGUGGACACUUUGCUGCUUUUGAAGAACCAAAACUUCUUGCUGAUGAUUUUUGGGAAUUUGUUGAAAAAGUUGAACAAAAAUUCACAAAAUAA